AUGGCUGACACAGACUGGAGAAAAAUAUUAAGUUAUUCUCAGAAGGAACUAUUGCAGGCUGAUAAAGAUGAAUUAUGCGAAAAUUUAUCCUGGAUGGAGGCCGACGAUAUUGAAUUAAAUUUUACUGACUUAAAAACCCUUUUUAGACUAGCACAAGACAUCUUGAAAUAUAAAAGUGAACAGGUUAAGAAUUUACUUGGAGAACUAGACACUAUUCAAAGAAAAAGUAGUAAAAAGAAAUCUCGAAAUGAAAAUAAGGCAACAAGUACUAAAAGUCCGCAAGAAACGAUCGCACAUCAAAAAGAAGUUAUAAAAGCUAACAAUGAUGUUCUGGAGCAAUUAUAUGCAGAUAUAGCUGUAUUGGAAGAGCGUAAAAGUAAAUAUACAGAGGACAAAAUUGAGUUAGACAGAGAGAGUGAAUCUAGUCCAGAUCCUUUGUCGGAAGUGGAUGCAAAAGCACAACUUGAAAACGAAAUACUUAAGAAAAACAGACAUAUCAGAAAAUUAUUUGGAUAUGUUAAGUGGUAUAAUAGAAGUAUCGUAAUGAGUGAUAAUGACGUAAACAGUGACCGUUCGCCUACUUUGACUCCGCCUAGAAAAUUACCCAAAAAAGGUGCUUGGACAAGAAAAAAGGAAGGUAACGCAUUAUCGCAACAUCGUGUACAAAAUUUUAGACAGCAAUGGUUAAACGACCCGACUUUUAAAGACUGGCUUUUGCCAGACACCAAUGAUUUAACAAAAGCUAAAUGUGUAUAUUGCCCGGGAACAUCAAUGGUAGCUGAACUAUCCAAUUUAAAAACUCAUGCCUCUACCAAGAAACACCUAGGCAACAAACCCGGAUCCAGUGGAAAAACACAAACAUUAACAUCGCUUGGAUUCCAAAGAGGUAUAACUCCACAAAAUAGAGAAAAAGCUCGUGCAGAAAUUAAACUUUCUGCUUUUUUUGCGGAGCACAAUAUUGCAUUCUCGGUUGCUGACCAUUUGACAGAUUUAUUAAAAGAAGUGACGGAUUCUAAAUUAAUCAAGGAAAUUGAACUUAAACGAACCAAAAUUACAGGUGUGAUAAAGAACGUUCUCGGAGAAGGUCAUAAGGCAGAUUUAGCCCAAAAACUACAAAAAAAUCAGUUUUCGGUGAUGACGGACGAGACGACCGAUGUUUCUACGGUCAAAACUGCUUGCGUUGUGGUACGCUAUUUUGAUCAAGAAGCUCAAAAGAUAUGUAGCGCAUUUUGGGAGCUGUACAAAGUUUUUAAGGAAACACCUGAUACUGUUGAUAUUCCUACUGCCAAUGCCGAGAAUUUAUACAGAGCUCUUAUUGAUUCAUUUACUAACCGUAAUGUUUCAUUAACAAAUGUGAUCGGCUUUGGCUCAGAUGGGUGUAAUGUCAUGAUGGGUGAUAACGACUCAGUGAAAACAAGUGAUAAACGGCUAUUUGAUUUUCGUAACUUCCAGUCGUUUGCUGCAGUGGAGCCUCACAAAAUACUGAAACCAUCACAGACAAGAUGGCUUUCCUUAUUAUCAGUGGUUGAAAGGAUAUUAGAGCAAUGGGAAGCCCUACGUCUUUUUUUUAUCGAUUUUACGACAAAUCGUGCACAUAGAGCAAGAGCCGAUGUAAGAAAUCGAGCAGUAUUUAUUCUCGAAAAACUCAGCAACCCAUUCUACAAACUUUAUUUCUGUUUCCUUGAAUGGUCGCUCCCUUUAUUCAAUAAGUUCAAUCUGGAAUUUCAAAGCGAGAAAGUAGUUGUUCACAAUCUACAUGAGAAAAUUCGUACACUCUACCAGGAAAUCCUAUUGCGUUAUUUACAACGCGAAUAUGUCAUGAGGCCAAAUCUUGGUGAAAUAAACCCUGAAAGUCAGCUACAUCAGCUCCAUGACAAUGCACUGUAUCUUGGUGUCAAAGUGUAUGAGCUCUUGAAACAUCCAGAUGUGAUCAGACAGCCCACAGAUAUCGCUCAGUUCUUCUCAUGCUGCAAAAAUUUCUACAAAGUUGCAGCCAUCGAAAUUAAAAAACGAUAUAACAUGGAAGAUCCUGUCUUGUCAAAGCUACAAGUUUUUGAGCCUGCAUCUGCACUCUCCUACAAUUUUAGGAGCAAUUUUCCUACACUUAUGCCUCUUAUGGAAGUGGUCCCCCGAAUAAUCGCAACAGCUGAUCAUGCAAAGAAACAAAUAACCGACAAUCAAUGGAGGAGUUUGCCAAAUGCACAAGCUCGUCAUCCUAAAGGGUUGAAUGAAAUUAGUGAGCCAGAUAAGUUUUGGGCUCAAUUACUGAAAACUGAAGACUUUUCCGAGCUAGCUCAUUUUGCCCUAUCUACACUGUCCCUACCCCAUGCGAAUGCUGACUGCGAGCGGGUUUUUAGUAAAAUCAAUUUAAUAAAGACAGAAAUACGAAACCGGCUAACUGUGGAAACAGUGAACGGCACACUUCUUGCUGCAGAGAGCGCAAAGGGUUCAACUCGUACUGGAAACUGCGUCAAUUUUGAGCCCACAAAAGAAAUGUAUAGUCGCAUGACAAAAGAUAAAAUAUACGGCAGAAAAAACGAUGACAGUGAGGAUGUUCCUGACAUAAUAUUUGGAGAGGAGAUGUAA